AUGAAUAGUGUGAGAGGACUCUUGGCUGCCUCAGUAAUUUCCAUCCAGAACUCCUGCUUCAUCUAUCCUGCCUGUCAAAAAUGCUUUUCUAGGCUGAUGCUGGAUUCUAGGAGGUUUAACUGUCUAAAAUGUGGCUGUGCUGGUGAAGCGAAAGAUGCGAGCUACAGAUACAGAUUGUCCCUAAAGGUUGCUGACACUAACGAUUUGUUUGACAUUACCGUGUUCGGAAGUUGCUUAGACCCGUUCUUUGGGGUCACCGCAGAAAACCUGCAGAGGUACAUUCAAGACCUCAAUCAGCUGUCUGGAGAAACAAACAGAGAUGUACCUCCGGGAGUGUUAGUUCAAGCAGUGGAAACCUGUUUCAUUGGAAAAAGAUUUAUAUUUGGAGUGAAGGGUUGUACGAGUGAAGAUGGAGGGCGUUCUGCUGCCAGCAGCAUCCUGCAGAACUGUUCCAGAAUUAAUAGAAGUACAAAAAAUCUUACAGCUUGCCAGAUCUUCCUGCCAAACACUGCUGUUACCGGCUUUACUGUUAUCAGCUACUUCCGUCGGCUCCUGCACUCAGCAAAAUUCAGGAGCUCUAACAACAGCUCAUGCUUACCUGAUACAUCUUCAGCUCCAGUAGAUGAACCUGUCAGUGAGCUCAGCAGCUUGUCAAGCUUGGGCAGAAACUCCUGCUUUGUUCAGUCUUGUGGCAGAGAAAGUUUUUUAGGGUCCUGGCAGCAGUCCUUCAGUCUGACUUCAUCUGUUGCUUGGGUAACAGCGGAAGACUUUCCCACUCUGGAAGAGGGAAAGCUGGAGGGUGAACAGCAUGAAGAAGAGGGGAGGUCUGUCUCUGCAGAAUCAUGCAGUGUAAACCUCAACAAUCAAACUCUUUGGGAUUCAGAGUUUUGCAGCCCUUCUGUGAAGGAAGGGGAUAAAGAGGAGGAUAAUGGGUUGAAUUCACAGCCUAGUCAGACUGAUGAAUUGGAAAGAGUAUCCUCUUCCAAGACUGAGUGUUCAUAUGGAAACAGUUCCAGAUUGCUAGAACAUCCGUUGGAAGUUGGGAUAAAAAGCAUUUACCCAAAAACUAACAGUAGAAAUUAUCCUUACCCAGAAAAAUCCCCCAGCUCCCUUUUUUACCGGAGAGAUGCCUCAGCUUCUUAUCCCGUAGAUGUAGCUGGAGUACCUCAGAUGGACUCUGUGCUUUGGGAUGAGCUCCCAUUCUCAGAAAGCCUAAAUGAAUUUCUAGCCAGAUUAGAAGAGGGCAGGAGUGUUGUAACAUCACCCCACCUUGAUGCAGGCAAACAAGCCCUUCUUGAAAGUAGCGAGUUGGGCGUAAACCUUAACGAAUCGUAUCCCAGGCAAACCCUAGUAGCUGGUGACUUGCCUGAAGCGAGCGUUUCGGGGAGGUUCUUGCCGUCAGCAGAGAAUGAUAGCUGGGAGGACAUGUGGUUUGCUGGUCUUCAGUCGAAUGCAAAUCCUCUGAGUGAGAAGGUGUCACAGUCUGAGUCUUCCUAUGGUGUUUUAUCUUCAAAGGACAAGGAAUCUGGAGCAUCGUGCUCUGUACCUAACCCUUACCUACCUAUUCUGUCACAGUCCUUGCCACUUACCUCGGAGCCUUCCGUUUCUGCGAGCAGAUCCAUGCAGUCCAAAGAAGCAAAUACUAACAUUUCAAAGACAGCUUGGUCUUUUGUUAAUCUGUGGUGUACUGCUGAACAUGGAGAAACCUCCUGUUCGGAAAGGAGCAAGGCAGCUACCUGUGCACGUUCUGCAUGCGAUAGCUGUUUAACUGGUGGUGAAAACAAAGAAAAUUCUUCUGCGCCAAGCCAGAGAACAGAUCUUACGUUCACAGGGUCGUGGGCCUCCAGUCCAGCAACUCCCAACACAACAAGAAGGAUAUAUAAAAGAGAAUUAAAACCGUUGGCAGAGCUGUCAGGAAAUAACUUUAAAAGCGUUAGUGGGAGAGCGAUGCUGUGGAACGACAGCUUCCCUGAGGGCAGCUACAACGCUUCUGCUGAUCUCUUUGAUGCAAGCACAAGAGAGGAAGCAAAACCUGUAGAAUUCUUAAAGAAAUCAUGUAAUUCUUUAAUACAGGAAGAUACUGUGACAGAAAAGGUCGUAACUCCUGAAUUGUUGCUUUGUCCUGGAGAUGUUCCCUGUAACAAUUCAAAACGGAGCUUAUCCCUGCCCAGGUCCCCUCCUGCUUUUAGCAAGCACAGUACACCAGGAGGUUACCCCUUUUCUGAUGCAGAAGGCAAUUCAGGUAGCAUGCAAGACUUCGUUCCUUACUCACAGUCAACUCCUGUGACAAGACCUCUCCAGAAACUGUGGCCUCUUGGGGAAGGAAGCUUUUUUGUCCCUACCUUCACUCCUAAAAAUCCCACUAAAAUCCAUUCCAAAGGCAAGCGAUCUAGGUCUUCCUUUCAAAACACUCUGUUGGAGCAGCUUACAGGCAGAUUAGCCAAACGGGAAAGGCCAAAUAACAGGGAAGACGGAGAAAGGAACAGCUCUGUUUCACAGCAGCUCCUUAAGAGCCACCCUCCUGCCAACUGUGAGGAGCGGAUCCCUCCAUCUGGGAACAAAAGGUUGAAACCAACCGCAUCUUUAACCUUGAAACCAGUCAGCCGGGCCACUGGCUUGCGGUUGACCCGUGGGCACGCUGGCAGGAGCCCUGUUUCCCAGAGCAGAGAGGACAGUGGAAAUGAGGUGUGCUUCAGAAAGGAGACAUUACACCCUGGAAAUACAGCCGGGAUUCUAACAACCCCUGUGUCUGCAGGUGUCACCAAAGCUUUGUUUUUAAACGAUAACCUCCUGGAAACGUGUUCCCCUUCAGAAGGCAAGAAACUCCUCCCAAGUGCAAGUUAUCCAGGGGGUGUACUGGAAGGAGCAACUGGCUGGUCUCCUGAGUUGUUCUUCCAAGCACAGAGCCCUUUUUCCAAUAAGCCAAAAUACUGA